AUGGCUUCCAGACCAGGCAUACUUACUGAUUGGCCAUGGACACCUCUUGGCAGAUUCAAGUGGGUGAUUGUAACACCAUUUGUAGCAAACAGCACAUACAAUUUCUUGAUCAACAGUCCAGAAGAAAAAGACCUAAGUAACUUCCUCAUCUUCCCAUAUAUGAUGGUCAGAAUGCUUCAUGACCAAAUUUGGAUCACUCUUUCCCGUCAUCGAACCGCCAAAGGCAAAAGCAGAAUCGUCGAUAAGGGGAUUGAGUUCGAACAAGUCGAUCGAGAAAGCAAUUGGGAUGAUCAAAUAUUAUUCAAUGCAUUGAUAUUUUAUAUUGGUCAAAUGUUGGUACCUGAAUCACAUAAUUUGCCUAUAUGGAGAACUAAUGGUGUGGUUAUGACAAUUCUUCUACAUACUGGACCAGUGGAGUUUCUAUAUUAUUGGUUACAUAGAGCACUUCAUCAUCAUUAUCUUUACUCUAGAUACCAUUCUCAUCAUCAUUCUUCCAUUGUUACAGAACCAAUAACUUCUGUGAUACAUCCAUUUGCAGAGCACAUAGCAUACUUUGUGCUAUUUGCAAUUCCAUUAUACACAACAGCAAUUACAAAAACAGCAUCUAUAGCAUCCUUUGCUGGUUAUCUUGCUUACAUUGAUUUCAUGAAUAAUUUGGGUCACUGUAAUUUUGAGUUCAUUCCAAAGACCAUUUUCACCAUCUUUCCCAUUCUCAAGUAUACCAUGUAUACACCAUCGUUUCACUCACUGCAUCAUACACAAUUUAGAACAAACUAUUCCCUCUUCAUGCCAAUUUAUGAUUACAUUUAUGGAACUGUUGAUAAAGCUUCAGAAACGUUAUAUGAAAAAUCAUUGAACAAAGAAGAAGCAUCUUCACCUCAAUCUUCUGCAUGGUACCUCUAUUUCAUGUGGCCAUUCACUUUUUGGUCUGUUCUUGUCACUUGGUUUUAUGGUCAAACUUUUGUUCUUGAGAGAAACUCUUUCGAAAUGCUCAAUUUGCAAUCAUGGGUUAUUCCAAGAUUUCAUGUACAAUAUCUUUUCAAAUGGCAAAGAGAAACUUUGAAUAAACUUAUAGAAGAAGCAAUACUUCAAGCAGAACUCAGCAAAGUUAAGGUUCUAAGUUUAGGUCUUUCAAAUCAGGGAGACUUGUUGAAUAGAUAUGGUGAACUAUACAUCAAAAGGUAUCCUCAACUUAAGUUAAAGAUUGUUGAUGGAAGUAGCUUGGGUGUGGCUAUUGUUCUUAAUAGCAUUCCAAAAGAAACAAAUCAAGUUUUUCUUUGUGGUAGACUUGACAAGGUUUCAUAUGUCAUUGCCAAUGCUUUAUGUGAAAGGGGCACUAAGGUUACAACAAUGUAUAGAGAUGAUUAUGAGAAUCUUCUCUUAAGACUUUCCCUAGAGUCCAAAAAAAAUUUGGUUUUUCCAGGAUCAAAUUCUGCAAAGAUAUGGCUAGUUGGAGACCAAUGUGAUGAGGUAGAACAAAAAAAGGCACCAAAAGGAGCAUUGUUCAUACCAAUUUCUCAAUUCCCUCCAAAGAAACUCCGAAAAGAUUGCUUCUAUCUUAGCACACCAGCCAUGAUAACUCCUCCUUCUUUAGCCAAUGUCCACUCCUGCGAGAAUUGGCUUCCAAGAAGAGUGAUGAGUGCGUGGCGUAUUGCGGGAAUAUUGCAUGCUUUAGAAGGUUGGGAUGUUCAUGAAUGUGGAGAAGUGAUGUUUAGUAUUGAGAAAGUGUGGCAAGCAAGUCUUCAGCAUGGAUUUAGGCCAUUGAAGAUUAAUAAUCCUCUUGCUUGA